GGGUGUUGCAGAGUAGAGAGAGCACAGUAGCAUACCCUAAUAAAUCGAAGCACCACUUUAUCUCGAGCAAGACGAGUGCCAUCAUUCUCCCUGUCUCAUGUCUCCUGUGUACGUGAGUCUCUCUCCAGGUAACAAGGUAUCCAAAAUGACUAAGCGCAAAUCAAAGACUGCCGCCAACUUCAAGCCAGAGCGCGAGGACAACUCUUUCUUAAUAGAAUCCCACCCAGUGUCCAAGUCGCGAAGAAGAGUAAAUCAAGUUGCGCUGCCAUGCAUGUUGUUCCUUAUGGUCGCGAUUGGAGGGGCAUCCGCGGGCUGGUUUUGCCUGCAACAGCAACAAUCCAUUGAUCAGCUAUCAGAAACGUUUAGGGCCAUGCAAAUAAGAAUCACCAAAUUUCAGCAGCAGAUGGGCCUGAGAGACGCACAGAUGAGAUCAGGAGGUCUGAUCGAGGAGAGGAUACUGGCUUUGGAGGCAGCUCAGAAACAGGCCCAGCAGAAGGCGGAGGUUACCCUGGCAAUGUCAGAGCAGUUGAAGAGCAUCGACCUCAAAUCACAGUUGUGGUCACUCCACAACGAGAUGAACACCAGACUGGCUGAGUUCCAGAAGGUAGCCAUCUCCUCCGCAGCCCUGCAGGCCAUGAUGAAAAACAAGAGCGAUGACUUCGAGUCGGUCAAGGAGAGCGUGGCGGCCGUUUCAAGCUCCAACUCUGCGCUAGCAGUGAGCUUGGCGAGGAUGACCAGCACAGUGGACAACGUCAAAUCCAGUCUGGACGAGCAGGUGUCUACGGUGGACGGCUUGACGUCACAGCUGGAGGGACAGGUCACUGAGCAGAGGGAACUUAGAGAGUUUCUGAGUCUUCACAGGGUAGUGCUUCAUAACAACCACCAGGAAGUGGGUGAAAUCAAGGAGUUGCUGGAGGAAUGGCAGGCCAAGAAGGCCCAGACUCUGGAGCAGCAGCUGCAGUUAGUGACCAGGACCCUGGAUGAGCAGCACAUCAGCUCCCAGAGCAUGCACCCCCAUCUCAAGAAGCAGCUGGAGGCUGUUCACAGCCAGCUGGUGAAUGGUGGUCCACUCAGCCAAGAGGAAGUAGACUCCGAGGCGGCAGAGGCCUCGGAAAUGGCAGAACGGGAGCAUGAGGUAACAGAGGAAGAACCUGCUGAGGAGGAGGUAGAGGAGGACUUUACUGAGGAGGCAGUGAAACAGGAAGCUGAAGAGGAGGACGUUACUGAGGAGGCAGUGGAACAGGAAGCUGAAGAGGAGGAAAUGGAGCAGGAGGAGUCAGUGGAAAAGGAAGUGACAGAGGAGCCAGAAGAACAGCUAGUUGUAGUGGAGUCAUUGGAAGAUGGUGUCACAGAAGAGCAACUGGAGGAGGAGGAGCCAAAGGAUGAGGAAGAGGAGAUUGAUGAUGACAAUGACUUCCCAGAGGACUGGUCUCCUGAGGAGCAAUGGUAGAAGGAAGAAAAGGUUCAGGCACACGUUGCUGACUCUGGUAUGGCUAGAGCAGACAUUUUGACAAUUGAAACAUUACUGUAUUGAAAGAAGUAGGAGGCCACUCAACCAACAUGAGGCGUGGUGCAUUGACAAAAAUGUGAUAAUCAUUGAAAAGAUAAAGGCGCAAUGCUAACUCACCAUUAAAAACACUAUUUUACUUAAGCAACUAUUAAUAGCCUGACAAAAUUAUGACGUAGGGGCCUAUAUGUACAUGUCCAUUCCCUCUGUAUAAUUUUUUUGAUGAAAGUCAUUGAUGAAGGCCCGAAAUGUGACAUUUUUAAUAGUCGCUUGAAUAACAUAAUGAUACAGUAUGUCUUUAAUGGUGAGCGAGUGUGGGCCAUUUCCUUUUUAAUUAAUCAUACUUUACUGCAUUGCCAGAAAUUAAAUUACAUUUGACCAAAAUGGCGAGGUCUUAUGGAAAUAUUAAAGAUAUAUUUCUAAAGAUAAAGAUGAGUGCCUAUUGAGGACCCACUCCUCAAGACCCACACCCUCAUACAGGGUCUUUAGAGUUCACCAGGAAUACUUCAGAUAAAAAUAAAGACUCUGUCAGUGCCAACUGUUAACAGUUGUCUGUACCUAAGUAAGCAGUCUGAAGUUUUCUGUUCUCUUUUUAAAUAUGAAUUUCAGAGCAAUAACAUCCUUUUUUAAGAUGAGUGACAAAAGCUACUUUCCAAUUUGUUGGCAAAGCCGCAGAAGGUCCAAACACUUACCAGCUUGGUUAUGAACUUAUUUGAUAAUGUUUCAGUUGUAAAUGUCCUUACUAAAAAGUUGUAAAUCAAAAUGUGUGUGAUUAUUUGGUUUUGAUUUAUGUAAAUACAUUUUCUUAACUGUCCAUAUUAUUGACCUAGCCUACAUUCAGUAGCUGGGAUUAUUAAUGGAGCCUCAUUUUAUUUCUGUCAUGUUAUAGAUGUGACAUUUUCAAACCUGCAAAUUGCAUCAC